CUAAAGCAGUCACCUUUGAUUUUUUUACAUAUCGCAGUUAACGCCACCAUUUGAUUGAGUUGAGGCCACGUAAACGUAAACUCUUCCAACCCAAAACCCUCGCUUAUACCGGCAAAAGAGAGCAGCCCGCCGCCACAGAGCUCUCUUUCCUUCACUAACCAUCCAUGACGACGACUUCUGAUAACGCCCAAUUAGCCUCCAAGGCAGAGAAACACCCCUUUUCUGAUCGAGUUUUGAUUCGCUCCAUCGUGAGCCGACCCGAUGGAGGCGCUGGCCUAGCUGGGCAGCGAGUGCGGGUCGGUGGUUGGGUGAAAACUGGCCGGGAACAAGGCAAAGGCUCCUUCGCGUUCUUGGAGGUGAAUGACGGCUCAUGUGCGGCCAAUUUACAAGUUAUUGUGGACGCGGCUGUCGCGGAUCUGGGCCAGCUGGUGCUGACUGGCACAUCUGUGUCCGUUGAGGGGCUGCUUAAAAACCCGCCUGAAGGUACUAAGCAGAAGAUUGAGCUUCGGGUUGAGAAAGUCAUUGACGUGGGCACCGUUGAUCCGGCUAAGUACCCAAUUCCCAAGACUAAACUGACGCUUGAGUUUUUGAGGGAUCGUAUUCAUUUUCGGCCUAGGACAAACACGAUUGCUGCAGUUGCGCGAAUCCGAAAUGCUCUUGCUUAUGCUACCCACACGUUCUUUCAAAAGCAUGGGUUUCUAUACAUACAUACUCCAAUUAUCACCACAAGUGAUUGUGAGGGUGCUGGUGAGAUGUUUCAAGUUACAACUUUGAUCAGUGAAGCUGAGAAAAUAGAGAAGGAGCUGACAAAGAAUCCUCCUCCAUCAGAAAUCGAUGUUGAGGCUGCCAAGGUUGUUGUCAAGGAGAAAGGAGAGGCUGUUGCGAAAUUAAAAUCUGAUAAAGCCGGGAAAGAGGCAAUUACUGCAUUCGUUGCUGAACUGACAAAAGCAAAGGAGAAUCUUGCCAAAUUGGAGGAGAGAUUGAAGCUUAAGCCUGGAAUUCCUCAAAAGGAUGGAAGGAUUGACUACGCGCAAGAUUUCUUUGCCCGUCAAGCAUUUUUGACUGUUUCAGGUCAACUCCAAGUUGAAACUUACGCAUGUGCUGUUAGCAACGUCUAUACAUUUGGGCCAACUUUUCGAGCUGAACACUCCCAUACCUCCAGGCAUUUGGCUGAGUUCUGGAUGGUGGAACCUGAGAUAGCUUUUGCAGAUAUUAAGGAUGAUAUGAACUGUGCGGAGGCAUAUGUGAAAUUUAUGUGUGAUUGGUUACUUGACAAUUGCCUUGAUGAUAUGGAAUUUAUGGCCAAAAAUUAUGAUAAAAGUUGCAUUGAUCGCCUAAGAAAGGUUUCUUCAACGCCCUUUGAACGUAUAACAUACACAGAAGCGGUGGAAAUACUAGAAGAAGCUGUGAAAGAGGGAAAGAACUUUGAGAAUAAAGUGGAGUGGGGAAUUGAUUUAGCAUCUGAGCAUGAAAGAUACUUAACAGAGGUCAAGUUUCAGAAGCCUGUUAUCGUGUAUAACUACCCAAAAGGAAUCAAGGCAUUUUACAUGAGAGUGAAUGAUGACUUAAAGACUGUGGCUGCUAUGGAUGUUCUUGUACCAAAGGUGGGAGAGUUAAUUGGAGGAAGCCAAAGGGAAGAGCGUUAUGAUAUUAUUAAGAGCAGAAUAGAGGAGAUGGACCUGCCUCUUGAGCCAUAUGAGUGGUACCUUGACCUGCGACGCUUUGGCACUGUGAAACACAGUGGAUUUGGUUUAGGCUUUGAAAGAAUGAUUCUCUUUGCCACGGGCAUUGACAACAUUAGAGAUGUAAUUCCCUUCCCCAGGUAUCCCGGGAGAGCCGAUCUCUAAAUCUUUAGUUUAUUAUGCAAAAGCAUUUUACCUCAAGAUUCAGCCGGCCACGGUAGUUAUAAUCAUCAUAAGUGUUUUUUUCUUCUUCAAACAAGGUAAUCAAAGGCUAUACUUGAUGUUUGCUGUACUUUGUGAUAUUGCACUUUCUGUUAUAAAGAUUUACCGGAUUUGUCUUUUCA